CAAACCCGCGACAUCAUUGUGGCAGAUUAUCUAAAGGCCCAGUGGCAUAAUUCGAGUGAUAUUCUCUCCGUCCUUUUGAUUUUUGGUCCCGAUAUUGUGCAGAGAGCCGUCGCCCAACUAGCCGGGCGCAUUGUAACACCCGUUGCUUUCUCGUUCGGUUGGGUGGCUUAUGCUGCAAGCGCCCUUCUAUCUACUUUU